UCGUUAAACAUCAAUGAAAAUGAACAUAUGAGUAAUCCCACUGUGGAACAAGUGCAUACACUCCUAACAUUCCUAGCAGAGCACCAGGAGUUAGCUCGUGGCCACUGUAGAAAUGCAGAAGGGCGAACAAGAUCAACCCAAUUAUGGGUUCGUCUCACAGACGAACUCAAUGCAUUGGGUGGAUGCACUAAAACUGUAAAGCAGUGGCAGAAGGUAUGGGCUGACAAAAAAUAUCUAACUAAAAAAGCUGCUACUGCUGCUCGAAGGUCUGCCACAGCCACUGGGGUAGGGCCAUCAUCUGCUGAUCCUUUAAACCCAAUACAGUGCAGAAUAUUGGGUAUUAUGGGAGAGGCCUUUGGAGAACCUCAGUCGGAUGCACAUGUUCCUGCAUUUCCAGAGAACUUCAACGGCUACUACACGUCCAGAGCGACGACGCCGUCGAGCAGACGCCAUUGGACCUCGCAGUGUACGCAGGCGUUUGUUCGAAAUGGAGGAGCGGCGAAUCGCAGCGGAGGAUCGACGGGUGGUAGAGUCAGGGCUGAUUCGCCAAUCACUCCAGGAAUUAAAUGUAUUAAUAAGGGAUCGAUUGGAUGGUCUACAAAUAGAAUUAAGACGACUGAAUAGAUGAAAUUUUGUUUUUUUUUUAAAUUUGACAUGAUUAAUGUAGAUUUGUGUUAGUUUGUUGAUUUGUUAAAUAAUGAGUAUAAAAAAAGUUACUUAGCUUUAGAUAUAUCAUUGUUGAUUUGUUGAAUUACGUUAGUUUGUUGAUUUGUUAAAUAAUGAGUAUAAAAAAGUUAGUUAGCUUUAGAUAUAUCAUUGUUGAUUUGUUGAAUUCUGUUAGUUUGUUGAUUUGUUAAAUAAUCAGUAUAAAAAUGUUACUUAGCUUUAUAUAAGUAUUAACAAAGACACAAAGUACUAAACUACAGUUUUUUACUGGUCAUUAAUUUAAUGCGCCUUGAACUACACUACUUAGUUUGCAUAUACUUAUACAACAUUUUUCUGAAUGAAUGUUUAAUCAUUUA